UUAAAUGUGUGGGCGUGGCCUCGCCUCCCGCUCCCCGCUGCCGCGCACCGCCGCGCCACAUCGCGCUCGCCUCGUCAUGCUUCGCCUCCUCGUCCUUGCGCUCGCGCUCUGGCUCUCCGUUGCCGCCGACAGGAGCGCGGAGCGGCCCUCCCCGCCCGAGUCCGAGUCCCCAUCUGCGGCGCCGGUCCCGGUCCCGGUCCGGCGCGCUCCCGGCUUGGGUGAACCGUGUGGCGCGCGCAAAGGCUCCGCGGCCGCGCGCUGCGCUCCGGGUCUGGAAUGCGUGAAGAGCAAGAAGGAGAAGAAGGGCGGCAGCAGGACGGGCGUGUGCGCGUGCAAGAACGACUACGAGGUGUGCGGCUCGGACGACGUGAGCUACAGCACCACGUGCGAGCUGAAGGCGGCGAGCUUGCGCGCGGAGAGCGAGGGCAAGAGUGCCAUCAAGACGCAGCACAAGGGCAAGUGCCAGCGAGCUCCUUCCAUUGUGACUCCUCCUGGAGAGGUCUGGAACGUGACGGGCUCACAGGUGUUCCUGAGCUGCGAGGCGAUCGGGGUCCCAACGCCUGUGGUCACCUGGAAGAAGAUCAGCAGUGACAAGGGGAACUUGCUGCUCCUGCCCGGAGACCAAGAUAAUCUAGCCAUCCAGACGCGCGGCGGUCCAGAGAAGUACGAGGUCACUGGCUGGGUCCUGAUCUCUCCUCUAUCUAAGGAGGAUGCAGGCUCGUACGAGUGCCAUGCCAGCAAUGGCAAAGGUGAAGCCUCGGCUGUGGGUACCAUCCAUGUGGUGGACUCCAUCAGUGACAUCCCCACCAAGAAGAUGGUCAAGGACGACGAGCUGUAAGAAGCUGUCAUGGAACCUCCUGCAGGAUCAGGAUCAGAGACGGACCAGCUGCACACUGCUGUAUAUGCCUGCACGCUGCGCCACAGGGUCAACACCCUCACAUACAUACACACAAACCUGCUAUGCACUUCACAGCACAAUUAGCACUCAUAAACACCUGAUACUCACCAGGGGGUUAUUUCAUACAGGAUUUUCUCAGUUAGCCAGAUAAGUGAAGCCUAAAGUCAGGCCUAACCUAUAGGAGGAGAGGCUAAGGAUAUAUUAAAAUGGGAUUUGAGGAAAUAGUUCAGUGAAUAGUUCAUGUUUUGAACGCAACCAGCCGAUAACGUAGGUCUGCACUUAGGUCAACUUAGGUCAACACAGGUGUCGACAAAAGCCAAAAGCCGCUACCUAGCAUUGUGCAGAUGGAGCCAUGCUAAUGUGGUUAGCUUCAGUUUUUUAGAUAUGCUGGUUAGCAUGUAGGCAUUCCCAGAGUCUGGCCGCUUCCUCUUUCGACUAUUACAUUAAAAACAUGACCGCAAAAUGCCAGAGGGCGCUCUUGAGCGAGUCCUAAAUGAUUGGGGGAUGAAUGGAGCUAAUCAACUAAAAACAAGAAGUUCAAAUAGUUUCUAAGCAUUUAUCCAGGACCUUCCUUUCAUUUUGGAAAGCAUAAGUAUGUAUGUUAACUAUAAAAGCAAAGAAAAUGUACCUGUACAUUUCCCUUUUUCUACAGCAAACAGGUUUUGGGUAGCAGGAUGCUAGUAUUACUGCUACUGAGAGCUGAUUGGAUAGCAUUACUGCUACUAAGCGCUGAUUGGAUAGCAUUACGCUACUAAGAGCUGAUUGGUUUGCUGAUAUAAAGUCUUAUAACUGUUCCAAAGUGCUCAAAAAUAAAACAGCAGUGCUAAAAUGUAUUAUUAUGUUCUGUGUUCAGAAAAUAAAAGCAUUCUUCUUUGCAAAAAUGUUGAAGCACUAAGAACCUAUUAUUUUGCUCAGAUGCUCCAUAUUAACCCAUUUAUUUUGGACUUGCAUGACAGCGCCCUCUAGUGUUUGACAAACCCAGAAGAUAUAACUUUGUAUCAUAGAUUUCUAUCAAAUAUAUGACUAAAAAAUGUAGCUGAACUUAGAAGCAAUGUUAAUAUAUGUUAAUGUCAUGGUAUCACCCCUCCUAGCUUCUUUUGUUGGUCUUGUUCCCGUUACGCAAUCUGGCUCACCGAGAAAUCCUGAGCGUCCUGAGUGUAAAACUGACCAAAACUUGACCCGAACCAAUCCAUCUUAUCCUUCACUCAGCAGCUCAACACCCAUAUCUCCCCACAAGACAGCUUUUCAGUCUCCAGAGCACCUAUCAGAACAUGCUAUCAGAUUGAUCUGCGUGAGAUACACGCACAAAACAGCUUCACGUGAGCGCGUGCAGCGCCUCAUACAAAACCUCUGCGAAAUCACACGCGUGUGCGGGACCGUGUACUCGCCUAGCUUUCACGGGCUUUGUUCCCUCUUUGCAGUUUCUUUUCAGAUAAGGCUUGUUUUUGGUUUUUGGGUUCAUUCACAUCAUGUACUCGUUCCGUGUAGCCCAGACGUCAACACUCAUGGAGCUGAGGAGCAAAAAAACUUCCUGAGUUAGACUUAAGAAUGUGAAUACAGGGUGUAAAGCGCAUCGGCAUGUGCACAUUGAGGUUUAGCGAGAGAGCUUAAAUCCAGUUUUAUAUCACUUUUCUUGGAAGCCAGUAGGUGAAAGAGAUGGCUGCGACUGUCGUUGGAACACAAAAGGUUGCUUGGAGCGGUAUGUUGGGACUCACAGAAAGGUUCUUUAAGAAAUUCAAUGGGAAAAGAAUGGAAAGGUUGCUUUUUCUCCUCACCAGUUGCCUCAUUCAGGAUAACAUCCGCAAGAUCCCUAAUGGGAAGCAAAUAGAGUACAUGAACAACCUAAUGCUGCUGCAUGACAUUGACAUAAGCAUGCCUGAACUCACGACAGCAUAACCCUGGCAUCUGACAUGCUUAUGGCAGGGUUAUGUCAGUGUUAUAUAGCAGGGUUCAAGUAAAGCAGGGCUGUCCAAACUUUCAAAGAGGGCGAGAUCAUCCUGUGCCAAAAUACAGAAAUAUUAUUAAAAAACGAUUUGAAAUAUCACCUUUUUAGAAUAUCCGUGCACAGACUUGGUGCUUCUCCGUGAGCUACUGUGUUUCCUAUCACAGUGUCAAAGAUGCACAAGACUUAGUGUUUGGAUUGCCCAGAGCAAUUUAGUAAGCACUUAUAAGAAAUAAUCAAAUUGUUUAGGAAUAACAGUAAAACAUUUUAAUGUAUAUUAAAAGUAUAUUCUUAUUCAGGUGUUUACUUUUAGAUCAUUUGUUAGGCAUACUAAACAAAAAUCUAUACUUUUGUUAGACUUUAUUCUUUACAUAGCAAGAGCAGCAACUGCAUUCAAAAGUCACUUUAUUAAAGCAUAAAUUGCCACUUUUCUAUAUCCAAUUCAUUAGUCUUUUGAAAUAUGAGGCACAUGCAUUUCCUGUGGCUCUCGAUGGAAAAGAGUUCAGUUUUCCAUCGGGCCAAAAUUGCCAGUUCUCAGUGUUCGUGAUUUAAGGCUGUGGUUUUGACUAAAUUUCCUGCAGCAAGUUAAAGGUCUUAAGGUCUCUGCAGGUCUAGACAGAAACUUGAACCAACUUUGUUAAUGCAGUGUAGUUCAUUACACUGUGACUUUAUGAUACUACUGCCACCAUCAGGUGAAAAAGAGAACUGCAACAUAUUGAUGGUGGGCCACUUACAACACGCAGUGAAAUAGAAGCCACCGGUAGGCCGCAUUUGGUCUGGGGCUAAAUUUUGGACACCCCUUAAGUAGUGUUAAAACACACACACCGAGCAAUACACACAUUCCAGACUGUCCCAUACAGAAUCAUGUACAUACUUAAGCAAUAAGCACACACUCCAACACGGUGGAAACUCUUAGCAUGUCAUAUUUGGCAUUGGGUGCUACGAUUUUGAAUCUUUUUUCACUACUAUAAAAUAGUAUUUUACUUCUUUUGCUUUAAACACCCUAAACAUGGUUAUGGACUACUAAUACAUUUGUUUCAAUGUUAUGUUCACUAAUAAAUAGUAUAUAAUGUGA